ACGAUCGAGGACCGGGGGAUCGGACGAGAGCCUCACCUGGCCGUUGAGCCGAGCGCGUUUCGACCAGCCGGGACCCUUCCCUUCGGACUCCGCAGCGACGAUCGGGAUGAGGAAGAAGGAGGGACGGCGUCCCUCGCGCGUGUCCUCUUCCAUGGAGACCGGGUGGGCGACCUUCGACCAAUGCCCUCCACGAACGCACACGGGGGACUGGGGCUGGGUCGGCUGACGCAGGGGAAGCGAGGCGGCGGGAGGGAGGUCCGGGGGUGGAAAGGCUUGCCAGAGUCAGACUUGUGUGUUGUCGCUAUCUAUCAGCUAUCAGCUCUAUCGUCCGAAUUCGGUUCCAUCGGAAGGUUCGAGAAGGUCGAGCCAUAUUUGAUGGUCCUCCUGGCAGGAUCACGUCAAAAGCUUGCAUCUCUUCGUUGGUUUCCGUUUCCACCGCUGCAAGACGAUGAAAGAGGAGGUGGGAAGUAUGACAAGCCCUUCUUUUCAACAUACCUCAAGACAUCUAUGUUUUCUAUGUUCCUUUUGGGUUUUUUAUUUUGGAAACCUUGGAGGGAUCAGUGCCGACGUUCCAAUAGUUCUUACACGGUUCUCCAACCCUCAGUGAAUGAUGAUGUAUGUGAUGACUUUCAUGAUGCGACAUUGAGUGACCCUGUUUGGGUACCAACAUAUAGACAAGAUAGGAAUUCUGGUACAGAAAGUGAAUGUGAGGCUCAACAGCCAGGUGUGCGAUUCUCAAAAGUGAGCGAAGUGAGGUAUCUCCCUGUAACUUUGGCAGAAGAUGCUGUUUUGGCACGCAUGUCUUACAAUGAUGCUCUUGCGGAGGAGGAAGCCACAAGGCGAGUUCUUGAGAGGCUCAGUUUGAGGAAAGUUGUUAUCCUUGCAUUGCAGUUCUGCAUCCUGUGGUUUGCUGGGAAUUACUGCUAUCAGAUGGGACUCCACAGGACUGAAGCAGGAGUUGCAAAUGUGCUUUCCUCAGCAUCAAGCCUUUUCACACUCAUUUUUGCUGCCUUUUUCCCUUCAAAUGAUUUUGACUCCUUCACUGUAUCCAAACUUGCUACAGUUGGUCUUAGCAUCUCUGGGGUGGUAUUAGUGAGCCUCUCUGAUGCAAGGCAACAAGGGACUUUCUCUUUUGGGUCAAUUUGGACACUUUUGGGUGCUGUAUUUUACUCUUUGUAUGUUGUUCUGCUCCGAAGGAAGGUCGACCAUGAAGAUAAAUUGGACUUCCCACUUUUCUUUGGAUUUGUGGGAGUCUUCAACAUGGUGCUUUUGUGGCCUGGCCUCUUCUUACUUGACCAUUUGCAUGUGGAGAUGUUUGAAUGGCCAGACCAAAGGCAGUGGUUCAUGCUGGUCCUCAAUGGUCUCAUUGGAACUGUUGUCUCUGAGCUGCUUUGGCUAUGGGCAUGCUUCCUGACUUCAUCGCUACUCGCAACAUUGUCGCUGUGCCUCACCAUUCCCUUGACCCUGGUGGCAGAUCAUGUGAUGCGUCACAUGGAUUAUUCUUGGCUCUUUUUUGUCGGAACUCUGCCGAUCUUCCUGUCCUUCUUCCUUGUGGCCUGGCUACAACAUUCACAAAACCGGGAUCCCAUCUGGGAAGGACUACAAGCAAUAUGGCGUUGGUGUUGUGGGAGGAGACCUUCUGUGAUGUUGACAUGUGAAGACGAAGGGCAAGAGGAGGCACUGAUUGCCCAUGAGGAUUCGACUGCUUCUUGAUACCAGCAACUGUGAUGUAAUUAGACACUCAUAGGGAAUUGAUUGUGAUUUUUUUUUUUCCUCCUUUUAUGGGCCAAGGUUUGCCUCAGGUCUUUCUUCACCAUUUCCAUGGGGCAUAUGGAUCUCAUAUUUUCAUUGAGUAUCCUUUUGGAUUAUGCAUAGUUCUGGUAGUUGAUCAUAUUGAAACUCUAUCAGAUAUUCUACAAGAUCCUCAAUCAAGUUCCAGGAGACAGUCCCAUCAUUGAAAUGACCAUGCACGAAGCUGAUUAGUGGUGCUGCGAAGGAUAACAUCUUGGAGAAGCUGCCAUGGUAGACCCAUGGAAUCGAAAAUAUUCUCUUGGUGGUUUGCUGAGAUGUGCCAAGGAACAAGUAGUCCUUUUCAAGGCACAGGACUGUUGUUUGACUCUAGUCUUACUGUAUGAAGAACAUUUUAAAGCUAUUCUAACAUUGAGGAGGAAUGUUAGGGAGACAGUGAGCAUCUUAUGGUUCUCUGGUUGCUUUCUGCAGCAUUCUGGUUUUAAGGGCAAAAUGGGGGGAUGGCCAAGUGGUAUGAAAUGAAGUCUGAGAAUUGAGAGUGAUGGUGAACCCAUUGAGUAGAAUUGAAACAGGU